AUGGGAAAAUUGAACGCGGCACUUCAGAAAAAUGUGAAGAAUCUUUUGGAUGUGAACGAGGCUUGGACAGAAUAUGCAAUAUCUUGUGAAAUCAAGGCCGCCUCUGUCAGUAACAAAUUGGAAGUCACUACAAGAAAAUCACAGUUUGGGAACAAUCAGGCUGCAGCAGGGCUUAACAAUCAUGUGCAGAUGGGUAGUGCAAAUCCUUUUGCUACUACAGUGGACAAGCCGUGGCUCGGUAUCAAUCAUAUGUUACUAGGUUCGAAAACCAUGGUGAUUCAGCCGCAGCAAGUGAAUGAAACAGUUCCUGCUCAUAUUGCACCUGCUAACAUGCAACUGCCUGAUGGCGAAAGAAAGCGUUCCAGAGAAUCAUCAACAACAAACGAAGCUAAAAAUCUGCACAAUGUUAAUUUUCCAGUCCCUAAUUUUGCCCCUCCACAAAUUAGGGAUGAAAUGAUCGCCCUAAGGGAGAGUGAUCGUCUUCUUUGCCAACAAGUAUUAACUGGUAUAGUAUUGAUGCAGAGCAAGAGGCUUAGAGUACAAUUUGCCGAAAAGCAGAACCAGGCACUUCAACACCUGGUUAAUAGUGUGAGAGGCCCUUUGCUUAAUCUCUUGAAACAGAAAGAUGUGGAACUUUCAAACUUCAAGAGAUUGAACUGUGCACUCCAUGAAGGUAUAAACGAUCUUUAUAAUGAGAACCAGAAAUUGUCAGAUUGUGCAGGUGCAUGGAAAAUUAAGGCCGUAUCUCUGUACACCAACCUAGAAGUUGCCAUGGGAGAGCUUAGGAGGCUGCAGGGGCUUGUGCCGGCAAUUGGUGCUGUGGAGGCCCCCCACGAGGAGCAGGAAGCGAAGUCCUACAGUGGUAGCAACGUCUCUGCAGAGAACACACCAGGGAACUCUCAGGAGUGGCAAAGGCAGAAGAUGGUGAAACCGCCACUGAGAAGACAAACCAUGAACAAUCAAGCAGUUGCUGCUUUUGCAGAAAAGGUGAAAAUCGGAAUGGCCGAGACUGGAGAAGGGAGUGGUGAAAAGAAAAAGUGCAUGCUGUGUGAUGAGUUUGAGCUGAGCGUUUUGGCGUGGCCAUGCUGGCAUCUGUGCUUUUGCAUAGUUUGUGGGACCCCUGAAUCCCGUCUUCAAGGUGGUCCUUGCCCUGUGUGUGGCGUCAUCAUAAAAGCAGCGGUCCCUGUCAGCAUCAUUUGA